UCAAAUAAUAAACCUGUACCCCAGGCCUACUCUGCAAAAACAUUAAGAUUGUCUUUGACUCUAACUCCUCAGCUCUGAGAUACAGGAGCAAGGGCUGGGUGAGUUGCUGGAGAGGAGUUUGUAGCAAAUUGUUGUAAUGGCUUAGUGGAUGACAGUGGCUGUGGGUUACCUGUAAGGUAAAUAGUGCACUGGUAAAUAGUGCAGCAUGUUCAAAGUUUGCAGAAUUUGAUGACUUUGCCUGGCUAGAGGUCAGGCUAAUGGGAGACUAAGAACUAUUUCAGCAGCACAGAGGGCAGCAGCAGCUUCAGGAAGCAAGAACUGGUUGGGUAGGAUACAGUGUUCUGUCCACCUUAUCUUCAUCCCACCCUAGGGUUCUGGGCUUGGCUGAAUGCACAACACCUGACAUUGGACCUGUGAGACUGACAGCAGCUUAUUAGUCAUAUAUAUUUAUAGCCUAGGGGAGGAGAACACCAAACAUCAUGCAGGGCCACACUGGGUCAGGUUAAUGGGAGACAGAACUGUUGCAGCAGCAGAGGAGGGGCAACAGCAACUGCAGGAAGCAGGAGCAGGUGGGGGAGGAAUACUCAAAGUAAUGAAAGAGUCCAUCUAUUUUGUAAGUAUCUUGACCUACUACUAAAAAGCUGGUGUAGCUUCUUUUUAAUUGACGUUUGUUAACCUGUCAUUCAGUGCUCUUUGGUUGAAAAAGUCUUCUUGUUCCUGUAUAAUGGAAUUUUCAAGUUCAGGGAAGAUGUUGAAAUGGCUCAAACUCAUCCCAUUUUCAGAGUGAGACUCUUCUUAAAUUAUCUUAAAUGUAAGGAUCUAUUUUGUUUUUAUUUUGGUUCUGUAGAAAAAGGACAUUUAAGGAAAACAUUCAGUAAUCCAUUUUUUUGUCAAAUCAUUUUCAAAGUAUUCUUCCUUAUAGCUGGUAAAAAAAAUGGCUCAUGCUAAUGAUAGGGUUUUAUUUUGUCUUUUGUUUUUUAAAUUGUCAUAAAAUAUGCUUAACAUAAAAUUUACUAUUUUAACCAUUUUAACUGUACAUUUCAGUGACAUUAAUUACAUUCAGGGUUGUGCAACCAUCACCACUAUCCAUUUUCAGAACUUUUUCAUCAUCCUAAACAAACCCUGUACCCAUUAAAUAAUAACUCCUUAUGCCCGUCUUCCUCAACCCCUAGUAAGAUUGGUUCUUGUUUUAUGUGAAUUGGUCUUGUCUUUGAAAGUAGAUUUUUAAAUGUCUUGAGCACAGGCAGGUAAUAAAUGUUAUCAUAUCUUUGACACAGCCAGCUUAGCAGUGAGCACAGAUUGAGGGCUCAUUCACCUGUUCAGUGUUGGACUGGAUGCUGGAGGAAGGACCAAAUAGCACUUCAGAGUUUUUGAGCCUAAGGACUUGGGGCAUGGGACUUCUUAAGGAAAUUCAGAAAUCUCAGAAUGUCAAUAGGGUCCUUGAAGUUAACAUUAAUAUGUGAAUCAGUUGGCCCAAGAAUGGUGGGUACUGAAGUUAAACAGGAAAAAUCUUGCCCUGCCUAAAGGUAUUUAGAUUCAGAUUUCAAAACACACUCAGUCAAACAUCCCAACCAUGGUGAAUUCAACCAAAUAGCCACAAGUUUGUGGUCCAUAACCAAAAGCCUUUCCAAAACCUCAUCUCUGUAAAUAGGCAGGAUUGUACAGGCUGUUCUGUGAAAUCAAGCUCCAGAAACUAGCCUCCAUGGAAGACAGGGUUUUCAGUCUCUUCCCAUCCAUCUCAAGCUUGACUACAGACUUGGAGUAGUCCUUCUUUAACUCUCAAAAAGCUAUUUGAGGACAGCAACUAUGUCCUUUCCUUGCCAUAUCAGACAUGGUCUUCUUCAUAAAUCACUCAAUACUGACCACCUAUUGCCUGUGACAUCAAACCCUCACUUUCCAAGACUUAACAAGACAGUGCUUGCCCUAUGCUCAUAUAUGUUUUUUACUUAUCUUCCCAGUACAGAUGAUGUAUUUGGAGUUCCUCUGACCUAUCUACUACCUCUCCUUAGGGCAUUAGUUAUCUGGGGAUAGAUGCCAGACUAAUGUCUUAAGGGGAGAGCUGAGCCAUCAGGUUAUAGGGACUAGAGAGAGCUUGAAAGAGUGUAUGCUGCCUGUGAUCAUCACACUUUUAGGCCCAGGCUCUACAACCAUAUAGACAACCAUAUAACCCCAUCUGAACACCAAACCUCAUUAGCUUCUACUGGGCAGAUAAAGGUCUGUAAUGCUGUGUAUGCCUUGUGAAACAGGAGGGCUUUGUGAUGCAGUCUGGUGAUCUGGUUCCAUCCUCUGUGAGGCAGAAAUGACAAGGUCUGGAAUUUGGAGGCAUUAGGUUCCAAGACCCUGAAAGCUUAGGGAGAGGGAUGGCUAGUGAGGUUUAGAUUAUGUUGAGCCCUAUCUUUGUUCUAUGGGAUGCUGUAUAUCCCUUAUACACGUAUGGCUCCAUCAUCAUUAUUGCAUUAAUUAUUUGGCAAGUUAAAAAGAAUCUGCAAGAAUUAAUGCUGGGACCUAACAGGAGCUGUUGCCGUCAUCACUGGAGAGUCAAAUAAAGAGCUAAAGAUAGAACAUCAAGAGCUAGGAGACUUCCCCAGGAGGAAGCUGAGAAGCCGUGGGAGCUGCUCUCUAUCAUGAAAAGCCAGGGACAGGUGGCCCCUCCGGAGGGAAGUGUGUGGCGGCUCCUGUGUGCAGAUCCCUCCUGCCCCAUUUGCAGUGCUGUAGAUCUGGAGAUUCAGCAGUUGCUGGUGGGUGAGAACACUCUGAUCUCCCCCACCUCAUUGGGUCCAUCACAGACCUCCUCUUGCCUAGAGAUUUUGUCCAUGUCUAAUCUCUCUUUUGAGCAGAUUCAGGGUUCCCCAAUCCAAAAGCUUUCACAUGCAUCUGCAAACCCCACAAAGUCACAACUAAUGAAUCAGAAAUCCUUAAUCCAGUCAGCUUCCCAGUCAACUGGUACAAUCAGCAUCCAAGAUUACGAGGCUGAACACAUCCAACUAAAGCAGAGAUUUCAAGUGCCAGAUGUGUCCUGGGAUGCAAGAGCUCUGUCUUCUUCAAGCCUUGAGGAGCCUAGGAUUCCUGUGAACCAGCAGGACAAGAAGAGCAACUGUGAAUGUGUCCUGGAGAAAAAAGAAGCUGCAGAAGCUGGCUUGGGAAAUGAGAUGAAGCACUUUCCGCACUGAAUUAAUCCCAAGGUGAAAGGUCAAAGGCAUAAGGAACCCAUUCUUCUGUCUAAGGAUGAGACAGUGGCCAAAACCACAACAAAAAAGGCUGAGAAGUGGCCACAGCCUGCCAAAGACCUUGUGAGGGCAGCUAAGUUGGAAAAGAAAACAGAGGAGGAGGGCAUGACCUUCUUUGAUGCCCCAGUCCCUAGACAGCAACAUUCCCUUCAGUCCAGACACUCCUGGUUCCUGUGCCUUUCCUGCAAUGGCUGCAAGCACUGUCCUCAGUUGACUUGUACCACUCAACCAGAAAAUCCAUCCCAGGCCACAGCUCUUACCUCAGCAGAAGGCACAUGUCUAUUGAAGGAGCAUAUCCAGUCCAGGAUAAAGGAGUUAGUAGGUUCCCAAACUUCUGCAUCCCUUGAAAAAGACUGUCAUCAUCAUUUCCAUUGAUGUGCAGAUGAGGCAAGAUCUCUCUUCAAAUAUACUC